CCACAACCUUCACAGUGACGCUGGCGGACGUGAUGAUAAUAGACACCGAAUAAAACGAUUAAAAUCAGAAUAUUAUUAUUUAUUCAGACCGAUCAGAAGCCGCAUCUGCAGUGUCAGUCAGCGCGGUUGUUGUAAUGCGGCUCCGCGCCGCUGGGCGUCAGUCCGCGCGUCGCGUCUGCAGCUGCUCGGAGCCCCUGCUUGCUUUCUGUCCGUGAUGGCGGAACGCAGCGGCGACGGUUGUUCCGCGCAGUGAAACUCGAGCCUGAUCGCGUCCCGGUACCGGCCGGACCGAAUGACAACCGAGUGAGACUGUAUGAGCCGAAGCUUCAGGAUGAGAUGAGAGUCGAACUGAGCCGAACUGCGCUUCUGCUGCUUAGCUGAUGAGUUUGAGGAAGUGAGUGUUGAAAGUGCUUAGAAAGAGCUAAAAGCAGCGUGGACAGGAAACGCAUCAGCUCAAAGAUGAGCUGAAACAGGAAGUGGAGUUUUCUAUUGAAGACACCUGAGGUAGAGUGUGUGAGCCACUGAAACACGCGGCUCAACCCAACUCAUCCGAAAGUAUUCGUCUGACCAAUACACUUUCAUUCAGGUGGUGUCUAGACCGGCGUGAUGACAGAAGAGCGAUGUCCUCAGCUGGUGGAUUAUUUCGUGGUGGCGGGUCUGGCGGGCGCUGGGUCUCCGCUGGACGAGGAGGGUCACCAGAGGGGCGUGAGAGCGCUGCAGCCCGUCAUUGAUCUGGCCGUGAUCGCCCGUGGUCUCGGGGAGGACGUUCCCGAGGGAUUCACCUGCAUCGAGAAAACACAAGGAGGCCAUCCGGCGGAGCUGAGCGCAGGCCUGCUCAACAACACACACAUGUUCCUGUGCUACCGCCGAGGACACGACAAACCGCCCCUCGUGGAGCUCGGUGUUCUGUACGAGGGCAAGGAUCCGGUCAAGCCGGGGUGGCAGGUGAUCGAGACGACUCCAUACAGUCGCUCUGCGAACCUCAGCUCCGGCGGCCCCACAAUGCACCGCACUUUCCUGAUGUUUCGCCGAGCGCCGGACUCACAGGCGCUGAACACGCUGGGCGUCACCGAGAUCUCACUGCUGAUGCCUAGCAAGGGCGAGACGGCGCCACACACCUACUGCAGAGUGGACAAGGACCUCAACACCGGCAUGUGGGGCUCGGCGCUGUAUCUCUGCUACAAGCGUUCAGUGGUUAAAGCAAACGCUCUGUUGUACGAGGCAGGUCUGAUCAGUCGCUAUCCGGAGGAGGAUCUGGAGUCGUUCCCGCUGCCGGACUCUGUUCCGGUCUUCUGUCUGCCGAUGGGAGUGACGGUGGAGAGCUGGCCGCUCAACACUAAAUACCAGCUGCCCGUCUUCUCCACCUUCGUCCUGACCAGCGCCUCCGGAGACAAGGUGUACGGCGCUGCGAUCCAGUUCUACGAGGCGUACGCCCGCGAGUCUCUGUCGGAGCGUCAGUGUGUGCGUCUGGGUCUGCUGAGCGUCGUGGACCGCCGGCCCAUCACUAACCGCAGCGUUCAGGUCAAGAAGAGCAUCUGCGUCCUCUCACACUGGCCCUUCUUCAGCGUCUUCCAGAAGUUCCUCACCUUCAUCUACAGAUACUCCAUCUCUGGACCACACGUGCUGCCGCUGGAGAAGCACAUCUCGAGCUUCAUGCACAACGUCCCGUUCCCGUCGGCGCAGCGUCCUCGGAUCCUGGUGCAGCUCUCUCCGUAUGAUAAUCUGCUGCUCUGUCAGCCCGUGUCGUCUCCGCUGCCGCUCAGUGGGGCCAGUUUUGUGAAGCUGCUGCAGAAUCUGGGACCGGAGAACGCGUGUCUGCUGCUGCUGGCGGUUCUGACCGAACACAAGCUGCUGCUGCACUCGCUGCGGCCCGAUGUCCUGACGUCCGUGAGUGAGGCGCUCGUCUCCAUGCCAUUUCCUCUGCGCUGGCACUGUCCGUAUAUCCCGCUGUGUCCGCUGCGGAUGGCAGAUGUGUUGUGUGCUCCCAUGCCCUUCAUCGUGGGCGUCCACUCCAGCUACUUCGACCUGUACGACCCGCCGACUGACGUGGUGUGUGUGGACCUGGACACCAACACCAUCUUCCAGUCUGAAGAUAAGAAGCCUCUGUCCUGGAAAUCUUUGCCCAGGAAACAUGGGAAGAUCCUGCUGAGCUCUCUGUCCAACCUGCACAAAACUCUGGAGAAGAUCUAUACUCCGGGUCAGGAGGAGGCUACGCUGGAGUUCCUGCUGACGGACUACGAUCUGAUCUACGGCCGUCAGAAGCAGCUGGAGCUGGAGAUCCAGGAGGCCUUCCUGCGCUUCAUGAGCUGUCUGCUGAGAGGAUACCGCUCCUUCCUGCUGCCCAUCACACAAGCGCCCUCCGACCGAACCACGGACUGCAGCUCGCUCUUCAACCUGCAGGGCUUCCUGAAGUCUCGUGAUCGAGCGCAGCAGAAGUUUUACACGCAGCUCACGAGGACGCAGAUGUUCACGCAGUUCAUCGAGGAGUGUUCGUUCGUCAGCGACCGUCACGGCUGCCUCGAGUUCUUCGAUGAGUGCGUGCAGAAGGUGGACGUGGAGAAGCCGGAGGACGUGCGUCUGAUCGACCGAGACGAGUGUCACAGCGGUGAGCACACGGUGUUCAUCAUGCCUCCGGAGGAGCCACAGGAAGCUGACGGCUCCGAGUGUCCCGCCCCCUACAGCUAUGACACGUUCCCGGUCCUCCAGGUGGAUCUGUUCGAUCGGCCGCAGGAUCAGCUGCAGACUCCUGCUAAAGGAAGUGCCCCCAGUAGCCCCGCCCCCCGCCGCACUAAACAGGAGAUCAAGCUGGCGCAGAAGAAGGCGCAGAAGUACUCGACGGUGCCGGAGAUGUGGUCUAAAUGUCUGCUGGGUCACUGCUACGGACUCUGGUUCAUCUGCUUACCAACAUUCGUCAGAGCAGAGAGCAAUAAAGUCCGAGCGUUGCAGGCCGCAUACGAGGUGCUCAAACACAUGGAGACACGCAAGGUGGUGCUGCCGGACGAGGUGUGUUACCGUAUCCUCAUGCAGCUGUGUGGUCAGUACGGUCAGCCGGUUCUGGCGGUCAGAGUUCUGCUGGAGAUGAAGCGGGCAGGAAUAACGCCCAACACCAUCACAUACGGAUACUACAAUAAAGCGGUGCUAGAGAGUAAAUGGCCAUCCACCAAUCAAGGAGGGCGUCUUCGCUGGGCGAAGCUUCGUAACGUGGUAUUGGCCGUGGCUCAGUUCAGGCAGCCAAUCAAACAGCAGAAGAGGAGCACUUCAUUCAGCAGCCACACAGGAGACGAGCUGUCUAAGCCCCGCCCCCACUCGGCGGUGCUCCGUAAGUCCAGCUGGAGCGGGUUGAGUGACAGCUCGAGCCACGAGUCGCUGACGAGUCUGGCCAAGAGCAACAGUGUGAGCGGCGUUCAGGCGUCAGCAGGCAAGAUGAAGCUGUCAAAGCAGACGGCUGCGGCCUCAAGCAAGCCUCCUGCCGGCCGGCGUGACACACUGAGUCCUCCAGAGCCGGUGUUAGUGCGCCGCAGCGACGUCUGUCUGUCCACCUUCCACAGAGACUGUGCAGAGAGCACAGACACAGACUGCAGAGGUCAGCCGCAGAGGGACAGCAGGUCGGUGGAAGUGAGGGAGACUCUGAACAGGAAGUCGGUGGAUGAAAACUACAACAACGUUUCCUCUCCGAGCCGCAGUCUGACCGGGAAACUGCAGCAGCUGCUGACGCCCACGAGGAACCGUGCCUCGGUGCGACGGGCCGCUAGCAUGGAUGACCGGCGGCCGGGAGCAAACGGACACCUGCGCCACACAUCAGACCAGAAACCGUCCCGCAAGAGCCAGAUGACCGAGAGUCUGCUGAAGGCCAAGGAUCGGCUGUACAACGCCACGUCUGAGAGCUCUCUGUCUGUAGGGAGUGACAUUGACAUGUUGGACACACAGACGCUGGCAGUUCCUCUCAGGAAGUCGUGGGAUUCAUCACAGGAAGUGGCAGGCAUUGAGGUGCUGAUGUCGAGCUGCUCGCUGUGCCGCAGCUGUAAUUCUCUGGUGUAUGAUGAGGAGAUCAUGGCGGGCUGGACGUCUGACGACUCCAAUCUCAACACCACCUGUCCAUUCUGCUCCGCUCCGUUCGUCCCGCUGCUGAACGCUGAGAUCUGUGACCCGGGGCCCGUCUGCAGUGUGGAGCGCAGUAACCUGAGCACGGAGGAUGAUCUGGAGAAUAUCAUGCGUCCUCGCUCCGCUCCGGGCGACACACUGCAGCUCCAGUGUAACGGCGUGAGAGAGACGGACACCAGCUCCGAGACCAGCAGCCAAUCAGAGGGCAGUGUGCCAUCAGUAGGCGGAGCCCCGCAGGUGACGGUGGCAUACCUGAGCCCACUGGUAGUGCGCAAGGAGAUGGAGAGUCUGCUGGAGAACGAGGGCGAGGCUGUUCUCUCUCAGGUCCAGCUACUGGACAGUCACUCCAUCCUCUUCUGGAAUCUGGUUUGGUACUUCACUCGCCUCGGCCUGCCCAGUAACCUGCUGCAGCUGCUGCGGACGUCUCCGCUGACCGCACGCCUCACACAGGGGUCAGAGGGCACGGCGGUGCGGGUGAGGCUGCUGUGGGACACACUGACCCCAGAUACAGAGCAGUGGCCGGCACUCUACAUGCUCUGGAGGAUUCACAGUGGCGUCCCCAUGCGCAGCUACAGCUGGCGGCAUCACAACCAUCCCUUCAACCUCACUUUCCUGGAGGAAGUGCUUCGCUGGAUCGGCAUGAACGAGGUACACAAGGCCAUCACACUCUUCCUGGAUACGGUUGCUAAGCAGCAUGGCACUCCGCGGAUACAGAGGAGUCUGUACAGAGAGAUGCUCUUCCUCACGGUGGCCGCCAUGGGCAAAGAUCACGUCGCUUCCUUUGAUAAGCGUUAUAAAGCGGCAUAUGUGCGCUUGAGCAGUUCUCUGGGCCGAGAAGAGCUGAGGAGGAAGAGAGUCCAGCCGCCCAGUCCUAAAGCGGUCGACUGCAGACGCUGCUUCCUGCUGCCACUGGAGUGCUGAACACACACACACACACACACACACACACUCCGCUCGUCUCGUCUCAUCGUCGUCUUCAUGCUGCUUAAGGAGGAAAUGCGAACACACAGUCCAAGCACUUUUGCAGUACGUUCACCGCAGAUGCAGCUGUGCAUUAUGGGAACGCAUGACCCUUUCACCAAAACUGCUUCUGUAUCCCACAAUGCCGAGCAAACUGACACCUGGCCACUCCUCAAACUACUUCAUUGGAUCUAGUGUGGCGUCUGGAUUUACCUCGUUUAUUUCUGUUCGUUUGAUUUCUUGGAACUCAAAGAUGAAGAUCUGGUUGUAAACGCCGGAAGGCAUCAUGGGAGUUUGAGAUAAUUCUGCACUGGAGUGAUGCUCUGAGCUGCUUCAUGUUAGUGUGAGAUGUUUCCCGACCAGCAGAUCCAUCGUCUCUAUUCUGGACAAUAGAGUUACUGCAUAAACUAGUCUAAAUAGGAUUAUUUAGUUCCUCCGAACUGUGUUUGUGUGUGUGACAGAAAGCAGUACUGCUGUUGAGCUACAAACACUUUUUAUUCAGUCAUUUUAAAGGCUUUCUCCUGGAGAAUCAUGACUUCCUGUGACGUCUGUGUGCUGCCGUCAGGAUCACGUUCAGCUCGUUCACCCACAAACCAGCUGCUUUUAGCUUUGAGACGUUGUUCACAACCAUCAAACGCAUUCACCUCCAAACUCUCACUCGUGUGAAGAACAGAUCAUUUACAGACAGAAAUCAUCAUUCUUUCAAACCUGUGUGACUGUGUUUUCUGUUCAUAUAAUGAAAGUCAGCGGGUCCAGAGUUUUUUUUUAAUCUCCCAACAUUCUUCAAAAUACUUAAACAUUUAGUCAUUUAUCAAAUAUUCAUUUUCAGAACAUCAGAAGACAUGAGGAGAGUGAAUGAUGGCUAAAUUGUCUCUUUAAAUGCACACAUCAAGGUUGAAAAUGGAGAUUUUAUUUUAUGCUGUUUUUCAGUCAUGUCUGAUGAUGAUGAUUUAUUUUUUCUAUACGCAUUCGGAGUCCAGGAUAUAAUACAAAACUAUGAAGGAACUAGAGACAUUGAAUCCAGCUGACUUCCUGUACAUUUCACAAUAAGUUUUUUAUACUAACAGAGCUAAAAGUUCAAAGUUGCAGUUACAAUAUUUAAUUUAAAACAAUAAUUUGUGAUACACUAAAGAAAAUUUUCAUUAUUGUUUUGCUAUAUCUAUAUAAAUACACUUCACAGUAAGAUUUCAUUUGUUAAUGCAUUAGCUAAAAUAAACUGUUAAUUAGCAAAUAGCAAUAUAUUUACAGCAUUUACUAAUCUUUGCUCAUGUUCGUUAAUACAAAUUUAUGUAUUUGCAUGCUAACAGUGCACUAACUAAUAUUAAUAGAUACAACUUUUGAUUUUAAUAAAGUAUUAGUAAAUGUUCAAAUUUGCAUUACUUAAAAUUAAUAAAUGCUGUAGAAGUAUUUUUCAUUGUUCACGUUAACAAAUGAAAACUCACUGUAAAGUGUUAAAAAUCUCGAUGUAGAAGACUUGUCGUUCUGUUGGUUUGGUGGUGAAGUGUGAUCUGCUGCGAUGCUUCUCUGUUGUGUCGGGAAGCGUCUCUUUCUGGUUUGCUCUUCUGAUCUCUGUUUCUUGGGUUUCUGUAUUUGUCUGAGCUUCUUCUCCUGGAGUGAAAUGGAUGUGAUCUGUGUUUAAAAUCACUGUUACAGAGGAAACACUCGUGAAUGUUGUAUAUACGCCACAUUCGUUAGUCUUAAUUUUAUUGACAAGGAAUAUGAACCUGCUAGAAGAGUUUUAGUGGCAUUAGAGGAAGUGAUGUAAGAGGAAGCUGUAGUUUGUGCUCUCCUUCAGUAACUGCGAAGAAGUCGAGCUCCACUGCAGCAUGAACAUCUGCAUUUAUCCAAAUAACAGAGAUUAUAAAGCUAUAUUUAAGUUUUUGUGUGUUUGCUGUGCUAAUUUAUAUUGAUGUGACCUUUGUUGUGAAUGUUGUUUUGUUUUUUCUUUUUUAAGAAAACCAUUUUAAGAACCCUCA